AUGCCAGUUAUGCAAUAUGCCAUGAGAAACGAUUACUGUCGACAGCGACAAAGUGCGCAUUGUACGCAAACACCGCACGGGCGCCAAAACCUUUUUCAAAUCUCGUUUUGGCGCGAAUUUUCAGAUUUCCGGGCGGGAAUUUUUGGGACUUUCGCCCAUUUUUCCCAUAUUUUUCGAAUGAGAGACGAGAAUACACACAAGAUGCCAGGCGCCUGGUACUACGAGGAGGACAACGCGGCGUCGUGCUCGCCAGUCAGCGAUCCGGACGACAUCGCGCAGUUCUUGGAUUAUCGAGCGUCGAUCGGAGUGCAGAAUGUGACCGAGUCGGUCGAUGUGCCCACUUCGGAGCACGUUGCCGAGAUAGUUGGACGUCAAGGAUGCAAAAUCAAGGCUCUUCGCGCCAAGACCAACACCUACAUCAAGACACCAAUCCGUGGUGAGGAUCCGAUCUUCGUGGUCACCGGACGCCUCGAUGAUGUUCGUGAAGCGAAACGAGAGAUCGAGUGUGCCGCCGAUCACUUCACACAGAUUCGCGCGUCGCGAAGACACAGUCAAGGAGCCCACACACCCGGACAAGUCACCGUCUACGUUCGCGUUCCUCUGCGUGUUGUCGGUCUGGUUGUGGGACCGAAAGGCGCGACGAUCAAGCGCAUCCAACAGGACACUCACACCUACAUCAUCACGCCGAGCCGAGAGCGAGAACCUGUUUUUGAGGUCACAGGUCUCCCGCACAACGUCGACGCGGCUCGCAAGGAAAUCGAAACGCACAUCUUCCAACGAACGGGCAACUUGCCGGAAACCGAAAAAGACUUUUCCACAUGCGGCAGCGUCUCGGCGAUGGUCCAAAAGCAGCAACACGCUCAACAACAGCUUCAGGCCGCUCAGCACAAGGCACAGCAAAUGAUGUACCGUAAGGCUUUGGCAGCAGCCGCUCAGUACUCAAACGCGUUUGGAGGUGGCAACAAUCUGUUCAGUCAGAUGAGCCAGGAGUUGCCGUUUGGGAUGGAGAGCUCGUUGGGAUUGGAUGCGUUGCUUCGUAGCUUCCCAUCGAUGCGCAACUCGUUGACACCGGAUUCCGUUCACGGGAUGGGUCUUCCUAAGGCUCCACAGCCCCAACAGCAUCAGCAGCAGCCAUCAUCGGCUCGCGCGUCGCUCGGUGGACAGCCAAUGAAGCAGGAAAUCGGGACGUACAACUACUGGAACAACAACUCGAUCAAUGAUAUCAUGGAGAAUGAGAUUCUCUCUCGCAAAUACGAUUUGUCGUCGGCCUGGUCUUCGAUGGGAGGAUUCGACAAGGAGAAGCAGCGUGAGGAGUCGCCGACUAAUGGAUUGAUGUCCCUCAAAGGAAGCAGCACAUCAUCCGGCUUCGGAUUCCUGAACACCAUCUGGUCGGACAACCUGAGCCCCGGAUCCCUUUCAUCGGUCUCCCCAUCGUCCUCGUCCUGCGAUCACAACGAUCACACACUCGUCCCAAUCAGCGGCUAA